GAAAUCACAGAGAUGAAAACUAUACUGUGGUGAUUGGUGAUAUGAUGGAGAAGUACAUAAAAAUGGGGUCUAGGAUGUCACUAGAGAUGUACUUCUUACACUCCCAUUUAGACUUCUUUCAAAAUGAUCUAGGUGCAGUGAGAGAUGACUCUGACCAAGAUAUUACUACAAUGGAACACCAAUAUCAAGGACGAUGGAAUCCUGCGAUGAAGGGAGAUUACUGCUACGCUCAAAAUGAUGACGUGAAGGAAACAAUCGAUUACAAGUCGACAAACGAAGCGAUCUUAUACUCACCAUCGUGUCCGUCUAUUAGUUCCAGAGACAGCGUAGAAAAAGAAACUUACGGCGUCGAUUUCUCGAAGGUGAAAGACGACCUCGACCUCGGGUCACGGAGCUACUGUGGCGACUGGGAGUGUUCUCAGAGUUCAAAUUCUAGCGCUGAUAGCCACUCCGUCUCUUACAGCUACAAAGCAUUCCUUAUCAGUGACGGGAGAUCUCGUAGAAGGAAAGAAUCGUCCAAACAGAACGACGAACAGACGACACGGCCCCGCUACACGUGUUCCGAGUGUGGGAAGCACUACGCCACGUCAUCUAACCUGUCCCGUCACAAACAGACCCACCGCAGCCCAGAGUCCCAGCUGGCCAAGAAGUGUCCAACCUGUGGUAAGAUCUACGUCAGCAUGCCGGCCCUGGCCAUGCACGUGCUAACACACAGUCUUAGUCACAAGUGCUCGGUGUGCGGAAAAGCCUUCUCUCGACCUUGGUUACUGCAGGGCCACCUCCGAUCUCACACGGGAGAAAAGCCGUUCGGCUGUGCCCACUGCGGCAAGGCCUUCGCUGACCGGUCCAACUUACGGGCUCACAUGCAGACGCACUCCAGUUUCAAACACUUCAGUUGCCAGCGGUGCAACAAGACCUUUGCUCUCAAGUCCUACCUGAACAAACACUACGAGUCCUCCUGCUUCAAAGACUCUAAGGACUGUUGAAGUCAAGAGCCUUAACAAACUUUAUACGCGGGGAUCGAACACAGAAUUUUAUCAUUAGUAGCCCUCAAGCUUAUUGUGAGAGAAGAGGACGCCAAGCAAGUACAACCCAGAAAUGAUUGGAAAGUGUGUUCUUUACAUAAAACAGUAAACGAACGUUUGGAAACACAUAAACAGUUUGUGAGACGAUACUCAGCCAAUAACUACAAAAAUGUUUUGACCCUAGUCCGAUGAUACAUUUGUUAUUUGUA